AUGGGUUCAGGAAGCAAAAUUAAGUUUGUCAUAUGUGAAGUACUGCAGUUUGCCGCCUUCUGUGUUCCAUUUCUCAUUGUGAUGCAGCGCUCUGCCUUUAUCCUAGCACAAGCGAAAGGCCAGACCCAAUCCUCUGGUGGAUACUCUAGCAUGGUUUACUGGUUGAUUGUGUCUUCAUGCAUUGCCUACCUGACAACCAUGGCUCUUGUUGUGUGGCUGCCAAUUAAGUAUAUGGUGUUCAAGAAGAAGAAAGCCCUGGUCGGGAGAAAGAAAUGGAGACCUGUUGCUCUGGCUUAUGUGCUCCUCUCCACACUACCCACUUUUGCAUUCCUUAUAGCCAGUUCCGAGGUGCAGAUUAGAAAUGAUAUGCAAUUUGAUACAUUUACUGAACUCCCUGUGUCUUUGGUCCUAUUUUCACUCAUCCUCAUUGAUAUUGUGGAACGAAUCCGACAUUGUAGACUUACUGGCCGUGCUAAUGAAUUACAUCGAAAUGCAGACAUCCCAACCCUUAGUCACACUGAGCUGAUGAUGCCAAUAGCCAGUAAUGCAGCUGGACCAUCUCUUCCAGCAGCAAGUACUACACAGAAUGGAACAAGAGCAGCCAAUGGAUCCACUUCAAGAUUACCUGGAACAACUGCAGUUACAGGGAUCUCAGGCAAUGUAAUGGUCGCUGGGUUGCCUACAAGUGGACUAAUUCCAGCCAACAUGGUAGGCCCAGCUGUGCCCAGCAAUGGAGCAGUUGGACCAGCACGGUCGGACAAUAACCAGGGGGAACCAUAUAUUUUACCUGGCGUUUGUCCAAGCACUGGCCUACCCUUAGGAACUUCUCAGUAUGCCACUGCAUACACAGGGCCACUCAGUUUUUUACUGGCAAGUGAUGUACGCGCUGAGGCCUUUGCAGAUAGUUUUUUGUUCUGGUUGGACACAGCAGAAAUGCUGCGAGUUGUAAAUCACACCACUGUCUACUUCUCGGGUUGGGCUUCACCAGUGUACUUCUUCUGCUUUCUUUCAAUGCUGCGAUUGGUUCUAAUGCCUCACAAUUCACUUCUCUCAACACUGGGGGUCGCUUUACAGGAUCUCCCCUUCCUGAUUUUAAGAGUGGCCCUUCUAGCCAUUUUUGGUUUUGUCACACCAGUCAUAUUCGUUAUGAAGAACUUCUUGGUGUGUUUGGCUUACAUCUACUUCAACUUCAUGACCAAGCUUAAACUUUUCAACACGGAGAGGAUGUUUUAACAUGCCUAGUGAUUAACAAAAUACAGUAAACUGAAUAGCAGAGGAAAAUUAUGAUAUUAUGAUGUGUUAUAUUACAUCUGAACCACA